CUGUUAAUUAACAUUACUAACUUUGUUCACCAAUUCCUAAUGUCCAGUAUCAAACUAUCAGAAAUAUCUGUUGUUAGAUGUUAUAUGCGCGAUGAAAUGAAAAGAGAUGCAAUGAAGAUAUUACAAAAAGCAAUGAAUCGUUUUACAGAGGAACGUGAGGUUGCAUCUUUCAUUAAAUCUUACUUUGAUUCUCAUUAUCAUACACAUUGGCAUUGUAUUGUUGGAAAACAUUUUGAUUGGAUGGAUGGGAUUUCCAGUGUAUAUCAACCAGUAAUAAAUUUGUCAUUGGUUGUUUCUGAUGCAGCUUUUACACUGGAAGCUGGUUUGUUCUCUCCCAGAGAAGUCUGUUGCUGA